AUGGCGCGGCCGGUCCCGGGAGCGCUCGGAGCCCCGCGCUGCUCUCCUGGCCUUCUCCUGUGGCUGCUGCUGCUGCUGCUGCUGCUGCUUUGGCUGGAGCCAGCGACGGCUGUGGCCCGCCCGCGGGCGCCUUGCGCGGCCGCCUGCACUUGCACUGGGGACUCCCUGGACUGUGGCGGGCGCGGGCUGGUGGCGCUGCCUGGGGACCUGCCCUCCUGGACGCGGAGCCUAAACCUGAGCUACAACAAAUUCUCUGAGAUUGAUCCUGCUGGUUUUGAGGAUUUACCGAAUCUACAGGAAGUGUACCUCAGUAAUAACGAAUUGACAGCCAUCCCAUCCCUGGGUGCUGCCUCAUCACGUGUCGUCUCUCUCUUUCUACAACACAAUAAGAUUCGCAGUGUGGAGGGGAGUCAGCUGAAAGCUUACCUUUCCUUGGAAGUGUUGGAUCUGAGUUCAAACAACAUCACAGAAGUCCGGAGUUCCUGCUUUCCACAUGGACUGCUGCUAAAGGAGCUCAACCUGGCGAGCAACCGGAUUGGCACCCUGGAGUCAGGAGCAUUUGAUGGUCUGUCACGGUCUCUGCUAACUCUUCGCCUGAGCAAAAACAGGAUCACCCAGCUACCUGUAAAAGCAUUCAAGUUACCCAGGCUGACACAACUGGAUCUCAAUCGGAAUCGGAUUCGACUGAUCGAGGGCCUCACAUUCCAGGGGCUCGAUAGUUUAGAGGUCCUGAAGCUUCAGCGGAACAACAUCAGCAAGCUGACAGAUGGGGCCUUCUGGGGGCUGUCCAAGAUGCAUGUGCUGCACCUGGAGUACAAUAGCCUGCUGGAAGUGAACAGUGGCUCGCUCUAUGGCCUCACAGCCCUACACCAGCUUCACCUCAGCAACAACUCCAUCUCCCGUAUUCACCGUGAUGGCUGGAGCUUCUGCCAGAAGCUGCAUGAGUUGGUAUUGUCCUUCAACAACCUGACACGGCUGGAUGAGGAGAGCCUGGCGGAGCUGAACAGCCUGAGUGUACUGCGCCUCAGCCACAAUGCCAUCAGCCACAUUGCAGAAGGCGCCUUCAAGGGACUCAGGAACCUGCGAGUCUUGGAUCUGGACCAUAAUGAGAUUUCAGGCACAAUAGAGGACACGAAUGGUGCCUUCACAGGGCUUGACAGCCUCAGUAAGCUGAAUCUGUUUGGAAAUAAGAUCAAGUCCGUGGCUAAGCGAGCAUUCUCGGGGCUGGAAGGCCUGGAGCACCUGAACCUUGGAGAGAAUGCAAUCAGGUCUAUCCAGUUUGAUGCCUUUGUGAAGAUGAAGAAUCUUAAGGAGCUCCAUAUCAGCAGUGACAGCUUCCUGUGUGAUUGCCAGCUGAAGUGGCUGCCCCUGUGGUUAUCAAGCAGGAUGCUGCGAGCCUUCGUGACAGCCACCUGUGCCCACCCAGAGUCACUGAAGGGCCAGAGCAUCUUCUCAGUGUUGCCAGAGAGUUUUGUGUGUGAUGACUUCCCAAAGCCACAGAUCAUCACCCAGCCAGAGACCACCGUGGCUGUGGUGGGCAAGGACAUCCGGUUCACAUGCUCGGCAGCCAGUAGCAGCAGUUCCCCCAUGACCUUCGCUUGGAAGAAGGACAAUGAAGUCCUGACCAACGCUGACAUGGAGAACUUUGCCCACGUGCGUGCGCAGGAUGGGGAGGUGAUGGAAUAUACCACCAUCCUGCACCUUCGUCAGGUCACCUUUGGACAUGAGGGCCGCUACCAGUGUGUGAUCACCAACCACUUUGGCUCCACCUACUCACAUAAGGCCAGGCUCACUGUGAAUGUGUUGCCGUCAUUCACCAAAAUGCCCCAUGACAUUGCCAUCCGGACUGGCACGAUGGCCCGCCUUGAAUGUGCUGCCAGCGGCCACCCUAACCCACAGAUUGCCUGGCAGAAGGAUGGAGGCACAGAUUUCCCCGCUGCCCGUGAGCGACGCAUGCAUGUCAUGCCAGACGAUGAUGUGUUUUUCAUCACUGAUGUGAAGAUAGAUGACAUGGGGGUUUAUAGCUGUACUGCCCAGAACUCAGCUGGCUCCAUUUCAGCCAAUGCCACCCUGACUGUGUUAGAGACCCCGUCCUUGGCAGUGCCCUUGGAAGACCGUGUGGUAUCUGUGGGGGAAACAGUGGCCCUUCAGUGCAAAGCGACCGGCAGCCCCCUGCCCCGCAUCACCUGGUUCAAGGGGGACCAUCCGCUGAGCCUCACAGAGCGGCACCACUUCACCCCUGGCAACCAGCUGCUUGUCGUUCAGAAUGUGGUGGCGGAGGACGCGGGCCGGUACACCUGCGAGAUGUCCAACACCUUGGGCACCGAGCGCGCGCACAGCCAGCUGAGCAUCUUGCCCACCCCCGGCUGCAGGAAGGACGGGACCACCGUGGGGAUCUUCACCAUCGCCGUGGUGUGCAGUAUCGUCCUGACCUCUCUGGUGUGGGUGUGCAUCAUCUACCAGACCCGCAGGAAGAGCGAGGAGUACAGCGUCACCAAUACAGAUGAAACUAUUGUGCCAUCAGAUGUCCCAAGCUACCUUUCUUCUCAGGGGACCCUAUCUGACCGACAGGAAACUGUGGUCAGGACUGAGGGUGGCCAUCAGGCCAAUGGGCACAUUGAGAGCAAUGGUGUCUGUCCGAGAGAUGUAGGCCUCUUUCCAGAGGCCGACGGUCCUGGGAUUCCAUGCAGGCAGCCAAAGCUCUGUGCUGGAUACAGUAAAGAGCCAUGGAAGGUGACAGAGAAGGCAGACGGGACACCUGCUCCACAUAAGACGGAAUCCAGCGGCCCAAUUGUGUGUGGUGACUGCAACGUGGAUGUGGAUGGUUACUCCAAGGGACAAGCCCUCUAUGCCCAGCCUGUGUCCAGAGACACUACACAGCCAAGUACACUCGGUGUCCAGGAGUCCAGUCAGAAUGACCAAGAACAUUCUCCCUAUCAUCAGAGCAGUGAGACUGGUGAUGGGUCUUACACCGACUACAGAGGGUCCCUGUACCCCAGUAACCAUGACAGAAUGCAGACAGCCUUGAAGAAAAAGCCAGUGGCAUCUCCAGAUGGAAGAGGGGAUCCUUCUUGGACUUUGGCAAGGUUGUAUGAACCAGACUCCACAGACCUACAACCUACAUCUUCGUUACCUUCAGGCAACCCGGAGCUCACGGAAGCCCCCUCGGGCUCUCCCGCCAUCCCCAGUGAAGCCCAGCACUUGCUUGUUUCCAAUGGCCGCCUGCCCAAGGCAUUUGACUCUGAUCCCGAGUCCACUACAUUAACAGGACAGCUCCCUGGGAAACGGAAGGUGCCGUUACUAUUGGCAUCAAAAAGCUAGGCUUUGUCUACCUCAGCUCUUGUUAUACCAAUCUCUACAGGGGAGAGAGGGGUAGGAGAGGCUGUGAGGAAGCUUGGGUUCAAGCGUCAGUGAUCUGUAUAUAGUUUUCACUUCCAUGUGGAGUAUCAGUCGUUCAGAGGACUUGCAUCUGAAGCACAGAAAUACAAGAGGCUAUUUGUGUACAAAAGGCAGAAAAAGUAUUUGAUACCAUUGUACAUAAGAGUUUUCAGAGAUUUCAUAUAUAUUAUAUAUCUUUUACAGAGGCUAUUUUAAUCUUUAGUGCAUGGUUAACAGACAAAAAUUAUACAAUUUUGACAAUAUUAUUUUUCAUAUCAGGUUGCUGUUUAAUUUUGGAGGGGGGUGGGGAAUAGUUCUGGUGCCUUAAUGCAUGGCUGGAAUUUAUAGAGGCUAAAACCACAUUUGUUCCCCAGAGUUGGUGGAUUGGGAAGGAUGGGAAGUCCCUGGGUUGGUGUUCCACUUCGUAGGAUGACCCAUAGGCUGCUCUGCAGCCUGAGACUUAGUACGUGUUGGAAGCAACUUCACGUCAGCACUGCUGUGCGUGGACACUCGUGCAGCAGCCUCCCCAGAGCCCAGAGGUGCAGACGCCACUCAACCUUGCAGGGAGUGACUUUUUCUUUUAUGUGUAAGUUCUUUGAGCAGAAUGAGGGUUAUUAAUCCACCACAAGCAACUGGUCAGAACAAUUAAGCACUGCCUUUCUUCCUCCUUUGAAGCUCAUUUUAUAAUACUAGCAAAUGUGGUCUUGUCAGUAUCCUUUGAUUUGUGUUUGAGGCUUUUUAUUAAGGUAAAGGCUGCUGGUGUUGGUACCUGUGGAUUUUUUUCAAUAGUGAUGUUUUAGUUCUGCCAAUGUGAUUAAUAUUACAUUGGCCUUGGGGGAUAAAAAAGAUAAAAGUUCUUACUUUCCAGGGCUAGUUUAUUUCUACUGAGAAUCCAGUGUAGGUCUGUACAGGCCAGUCCCUCACACAGAAGGAACUGGGCUUGGACUGUACAAAAUUUAGCCUGUAGCUGGGUUCUAGGUAUAUUUGCACUUUUGAGACCUAUAGCUAACCAUCUUGUGAGUGCCAAUGUGUGAUGUAGUAAAAAUUACAUUGAAACAAACAAGGUCCUUAAAAAUCUCAGAAUGCAAAUUCCUUUGGCCAAAAAGCUGAAGGGGGAGGUAUUGACAAAAUGGUUAUCUAUGUUAAAUUUUACUGUCAGAUGUCAUCACUGCUCCAAAAGGUAAACACAUUUAGAAUUGUGUUCUCAACCGUUAACUGGUUGUUACUUCCACAAAAUAUGUGAAUUUGCUGCUUCUAAGAGGCAAUGUGAAAGAGGAAGUAUUACUUUUAUGUACAAAGUUAUUUAUUUAUAGAAAUUUUGGUACAAUGUACAUUGAAAACCAUGUAAAAUAUUGAAGUGUCUAACAAAUGGCAUUGAAGUGUCUUUAAUAAAGGUUCAUUUAUAAAGGU